AUUAAACCUGAGGGGCCAGUAUUCAUUGCAGAGUCAGCAGCAAGCCUGAAGUUUUCCUCCCGUGUAAAUGGGAGCUUUCUUGAAACUUGGAGCACAGAGAGGAUCCUAAUUCCUUAAAAACUUUGUUUUCAGGUAAUUUUCCCAAGAACCACUUACUUCCAGAGGAUCCGUGGAAUCUGAUUUGAAGACUGGCCAUGUCAUCUCGCAAUCAGAGUUGGAUUUUCGGUCCGGAGGAUAACGGUAGGGAGAAGCUGCGCAGAAGGCUUCUGAGUAUUGAUUCAAACCUUGGAGACCUAGAGGUGCAAAAAUUGAAGUUUCUCUGCCGAGACUUUGUCCCCCACAAGAAGCUGGAGAAGGCCAGCUCGGCCUUGGAUAUUUUUGACCAUCUCAUCAACGAGGAGCUGCUGAGUGAGGAAGACACCUUCCUCCUGGCGGAACUCCUCUACAUCAUGAAGCAGAACUCGCUGCUGAGGCACCUCGGCUACACCAAAGAGCAAGUGAAGGGUCUGCUGCCCACCCGGAAGCAGGUCUCCCCGUUCAGGCUUUAACAUUUGGACUGGCUCCCAGAACCUGAGCUCCCCGCGCUCGGCUCAGUGAGGGAAUGCUGGAAAUCCUUACUUCCACUCUGCUGUUCAACGACUGAGGGCUGGUCUCUGGCGUGCAGAGGCAUCAGUGUGUGAGUGAAAGAAAUGUUCAGCUUUUCUGGUGAUUCACUAUAUGACUACCCAGAAGUCGGGGUAUUGUCCUUUCUCUUUCAAGAGUGGACUUGACAUUGCCGGGCAUCAGGUUCUCUGUGACAAGGGCCUGUAGAAUAACCCAGAAUUCCUCCAGUGGAGUUGUGAGAUGGAAGGCCAAAAUCGUGUUCUAUGCUUUCCUGGCACUGGACUUGGAACCAGAAGGCCUGUCCCUACUGUUUACCGUGUUAUCUUAAUUUAAGAGGCCACUUUGAAGCUCAAAGUUUUAGUUUUUGAAUCUAUACAAUGGGAUUAAUCACAGGGCUGU